UUAGUUGGCAUCGGAGCCUCUUUCCUCUUCCCAAUUGGACCACCCAUGCGUUCACUUGGCCCCGCCUCCUUCACCAACAGUCUCCUGCCACGUCAUCAAAGCGGGCCGUUGCGGACAGCCGAGCUGGGCCCCCCGCAACAGGUCCCGUCGUCACAGGCCAGCGACGUGCGUCGGACUCGCGUGCCUUCUACUCCCAGCGGACACCAAAACCACCACCACCAACCUCAGCUAAAGCAGACGCCGCUGCCAGCAUCGAACGGGCACCCCCAAAACCCUCCCUCUUCGACCCGCCCUCUCUCCCGUCUCAGAUCUCAGUCCAAGGAGGGUACCGCCCCCCACUCCCCCCUUCCACUUUCUCAUUCGCCCUUUCGGUGUCGAAGCCCUAACGUACGUUCAUCCUGCCGCCUCCGAUCCGCAGAUCUCCACCGCCCCCGCCGCCUCCCUCAACGCCCCUCAGGAUCGACGAUAUGGCGAAGCAGAGACAACUUUUUUCCACUCACGACGCGUCUCCAAGAUCCUUCAAAAGUAGGGAGUGGGAUAGCAUGUCUAGAUGGUCAGAGUACAUUAGUCUCGAAGAAUUCCCUUCUUCGACACCUAUGAACGGGAGAAGUUUAGGUUCCGAUGCGCCACCCAACUCUGGAACUGUCCCAAAGGUUCUACACAUGGAAUGGGUGGUCCAACUUUCGAAGGUUGCAGAAGGUUUAUUAGCUAAAAUGCAUAGACUAAACCAUAUCUUGGACAAACCAGAUCUGGGGUCACACACAUUUUCCGAUGCUUUUUGGAAAGCUGGAAUAUUUCCCAAUUUUCCAAGAAUCUGCAUGCUUGUGUCAAAGAAGUUCCCUGAACAUCCUAACAAAUUACAGCUAGAACGAGUUGAUAAACUUGCAAUGGAUACUCUGACUGAAAAUGCACAAGAUUAUUUUCAGAAGCUAGAACCUUGGGUCAUGCUGCUUCUUGACCUGAUGGCAUUUCGGGAACAAGCUCUGCGUGUUAUUUUGGAUUUGAGCAGUACAGUUAUCACAUUGUUGCCCCAUCAGAACUCUCUGAUUUUGCAUGCAUUUAUGGAUCUCUUUUGUUCAUUUGUCCGUGUAAAUCUUUUCUCUGAUAAGAUACCUAGAAAAAUGAUGCUCCAGCUGUACAACAUGUUGCACACGAUAUUAAAAGGUGGUCGUGAUUGUGAAUUCUACCAUCGAUUGGUUCAGUUUGUGGACUCUUACGAUCCACCAGCGAAAGGAUUGCAAGAAGACCUAAAUUUUGUCAGCCCCCGUAUUGGAGAAGUUUUGGAGGCUGUGGGUCCCAUUAUAUUUCUUUCUACUGAUACCAAAAAAAUGAGAAAUGAGGGAUUUCUAAGUCCCUUUCACCCUCGUUAUCCUGACAUACUAACCAAUUCUGCUCACCCGAUGAGAGCUCAAGACUUGGCAAAUGUUACUUCAUACAGAGAAUGGGUCUUGUUUGGUUAUCUCGUCUGUCCUGAUGAACUUCUUCGUGUUACUAGCAUUGACAUUGCUAUGGUUGUAUUGAAGGAGCAUUUAGUUCUUACAUUGUUUAGAGAUGAGUAUGAACUAUUACAUGAAGAUUAUCAGUGUUAUGUUCUGCCAAGGAUUUUAGAAUCCAAGAAAUUGGCCAAAUCUGGACGCGCAAAACAAAAGGAGGCAGAUCUGGAGUAUAAUGUUGCAAAGCAAGUUGAGAAGAUGAUAAGUGAAGUACAUGAACAAGCACUCACAUCGUGUAAUGCCAUACACCGAGAACGGAGAAUUCUACUGAAACAGGAGAUUGGAAGAAUGGUUCUUUUUUUCUCUGAUCAACCAAGUUUGUUAGCCCCUAAUAUUCAGAUGGUCUUCUCUGCUCUUGCUUUAGCUCAGUCUGAGGUAAUUUGGUACUUCCAGCAUGUUGGAAUUCCAUCCUCAAAGUUCAAAUCAGUACGGGCAAUACCAAUUGAGAUUGAUGCAGCAGAUCCAACUAUUGGUUUCCUGCUAGAUGGAAUGGACAAGCUUUGCCAUUUGGUUCGCAAGUAUAUGGCUGCGAUAAAAGGUUAUGCAUUAUCAUAUUUAUCAUCUUCUGCUGGAAGAAUCCGGUUUUUACUUGGCACUCCUGGUAUGGUGGCACUUGACAUAGAUUCCACAUUGAAGAACCUCUUUCAGCAAGUUGUUCAUUGCCUUGAAAAUAUACCAAAGCCUCAAGGAGAAACAGUCUCAUCCAUUACGUGUGAUUUAUCUGAUUUGCGCAAGUACUGGUUAUCAAUUUUGAUGAUAGUUACAUCUUCACGAUCAUCUAUAAACAUUAGACACCUGGAGAAGGCCACAGUAUCCACGGGGAAGGAAGGGUUAUUAUCAGAAGGAAAUGCUGCAUAUAACUGGUCCAGAUGUGUUGAUGAACUUGAAAGCCAACUCUCCAGACAUGGAAGCCUUAAGAAGUUGUACUUCUAUCACCACCAUCUUACAGCUGUGUUUAGGAACACAAUGUUUGGGCCUGAAGGACGUCCACAGCAUUGUUGUGCAUGGCUUGGAGUUGCUAGCAGUUUUCCAGAAUGUGCAUCCGCGAUAGUUCCUGACGAGUUGAAUAAAGUGGGGAGAGAUUCCAUAUUAUAUGUUGAGUCCCUUAUUGAAUCCAUCAUGGGUGGACUGGAAGGUCUCAUCAAUAUUCUGGAUUCAGAAGGUGGAUUUGGCUCAUUAGAAAUGCAGCUUGUUCCUGAGCAAGCAGCAUUUUGUUUGAACAAUGUACUAAAAGGUUCAACCGCCUCCUUUAAAUCACCUAAAGGAUGGUCUAUGCAAAAACCAGGAUCUGAGAGUUAUCCAGAAAACACCAGUUCUGUGAAAAUGUUGGAAGCUGCCAUGCAGAGGUUAACAAAUCUUUGUUCUGUCUUAAAUGACAUGGAACCUGUAUGUGUACUCAAUCAUGUUUUUGUUCUGCGUGAGUACAUGAGAGAGUGUAUCCUUGGAAACUUCAGGAGAAGGCUACUUGCAGUUAUGAUAACUGAUAAUUUCCUACAGCGUCCAUCAAUUAUUGAGUCUCUCUUACAAAGACACAUUGGCAUCAUCCACAUGGCAGAGCAGCAUAUUAGCAUGGACAUUACUGAAGGCAUUCGUGAGGUGCUGUUGACAGAGAGCUUCACUGGACCUGUUUCUUAUUUACAGAAAUUUGAAAAACCUACAGAGAUGCAGACUGGAUCUGCCAUAGAAUUGGUUGGCAACUGGUAUCUUGAGAACAUUGUUAAGGAUAUCUCUGGUGCUGGAGUUUUGUUUAUUCCAAUCCGUCACUGCUUCAAGAGCUCACAAGUAAUAGGUGCAUGCACAGCAGAGUCAUAUACUGAUGUACGUGAACUUAAAGCCCUCAUUCGUAUUUUUGGUGGUUAUGGAUUUGACAGAAUUGACAGGUUGUUAAAAGAACACACAGCUGCAUUAUUGAACUGCAUCGACACCGCUUUGCGAUCAAACCGUGAAGCCCUAGAGGGUCUUGCUGGAAGUGUAAAUUAUGGUGACCGGAUUGAAAGAGAAGCAAACAUAAAGCAAUUACUUGAUUUAGACACACUAGUUGGAUUCUGUAUUCAGGCUGGGCAGGCAGUAGCGUUCCAUAAGUUGCUUGUUGAGGCUGCUGGAGCAGUUCUAGAAGAAAAUGCACCUCUUAUUUUUUCUCUGUUACGUGGGGUAGCUAAGCAGUUACCUGUUGAUAUACCUGAGAAGGAUGAUAUUACGAGGUUGAGAAGGUUGGCAAAUAUGGUAGGUGCAGAUGAGGAUCAUGAUACUGAGUGGAUCCAUGCAAUCAUGGCCGAAGUGGGUGUUGCCAAUGAUAGUUCUUGGAGCUUUCUUCCCUAUCUUUGUUCUGCAUUUAUGGCAUCUAACAUCUGGAGCAUGACAACAUAUAAUGUUAAUACUGGGGGAUUCAACAACAAUGUUCACAGUCUAGCAAGGUGCAUCAAUGCUGUGAUUGCAGGAAGUGAGUAUGUUAGGAUGGAAAGAGUACAACAGCCAAGGUCUCUUUCCAAUGGGCAUGCUGGAGAAAUAUCAGAGCCAGAAACACUAAACCGCAUGUCGGUUGAGGCAAAUAUAAAGUCUGCAUUGCAAAUCUUUGUUAAGUGUUCUGCAGGGAUUGUACUGGAUUCAUGGAGUGAAAAUAGCAGGACAUAUAUUGUACCAAAACUGAUAUUCUUGGACCAGCUUUGCGAGCUCUCAAGAUACCUUCCUAGAAGCACCCUUGAAAUUCACAUACCUUACACAAUUCUGCGCUCAAUAUAUAGGCAGCACUAUGGAAAUUCAGCAACUAUGAUUACAGAAUUGCUCGCACCAUCGCCGAGACAGUCACCCCUUAUUUCUCUAACACAUGCAUCUCCUGCUGUGAGGCCACACCGAGGUGAUUCCACUCCCAUGUCAUAUGAUCCAGGUUACUUGAGUUCCUCUAUCCAUAGGCAUGACGAUGCUCACGAAGGUGAUAGCUUGCGGCUAAAAACUAGCGAUAAACAGCAGCGUAACACAAGAAACUCAGGACCACUGGAGUAUAGUUCAAGCCGAAAAGUGAAAUUUGCCGAGGGUUCCAGUUCUGGUGGUCAGGGCCCGAGCCCAUUGCUGAGAUUUGCAGUGUCAAGAUCUGGUCCGCUUUCAUACAAGUAGAAGGAAAGAGAGACAUCUGUUAUGUAUUGUUGUUAAGAACAUCUGACAGUUUGAUGUAUUGUUAGGAUAUACAGAAAUAUACCAUUUGGUUAUUCGUCUAUUGUUGAAAUCCACAUAACCAGAUGAUGAAAAAUAGGACAAAUCGACAAUAGCUUGCGUAGUGAUUGGGAAAAUUUGAAAAAUGUACUUCUGAUUAUAUUAGUUGCUGAUCAUGUAAAUUUAAGUUGAUUCCAUGUGCGUAAAAUUUCCUGCAUUGGACUCCAA